GGUACUGCAAGCCUUUGUUUGGCUACCUGAGUGAGCUAUCUUCACAACCCAAAUGUCAAAACUUGUUCCUUUUUUGGAAUUUUCAUGAAAAAUUGCUGCUUUUCAAAGAUCUGUUUCUUGAGGGGUAACAAUGAAAUCUUCUGCUCGACUUGACUCAGUGGUGUUCCAGCUCACACCAACUCGAACCAGGUGUGAUUUGGUGAUAUGCGCAAAUGGGAAGACUGAGAAGAUGGCUUCUGGUUUGCUUAAUCCAUUCCUUGCCCAUUUGAAGACUGCACAAGAACAGAUUGCCAAGGGGGGUUAUUCAAUCAUCCUUCAACCAGACCUUACCAUUGAUGCUUCUUGGUUCACAAAAGGAACAGUGGAGAGGUUUGUUCGGUUCGUGAGUACCCCCGAGAUCUUGGAACGGGUGUAUACUGUUGAAUCUGAGAUUUUGCAGAUUGAAGAGGCUAUUGCAAUUCAAAGCAAUAACAAUGUAGGAUUGAGUGCUGUCGAAGAACAUCGAGUAAAACCUGUGGAAAGCAACGGCACAGAAGGCAGCAGGGCUAAACCAGAUUCCAAUGACGAGAAAGCCAUCGUCCUUUACUCACCAAGUGCACCGUGUUCUGAAGCGAAUGCAUAUUCUGCGGAAGGAAAUUCUAAAGCUCAACUUUUGAAAGUCCUGGAGACAAGGAAGACAGUGCUGCAGAAAGAGCAAAGUAUGGCAUUUGCACGAGCUGUAGCUGCUGGUUUUGACAUCGAUCACAUGGCAUCUUUGAUUUCAUUUGCUGAAACUUUUGGAGCCUCUCGUUUUAGGGAUGCUUGUAUAAAAUUUACUGAAUUAUGGAAAAGAAAGCAUGAAACUGGCCAGUGGCUUGAGAUUGAAGCAGAUAAAGCAAUGUCCAGUCGAUCUGAUUUUCCUGUUAUAAAUGCAGCUGGCAUUGUGUUUUCCGAGAACAACGGAAAAUAUGGUGUUGAGUCAAGUACAGAUGAGAAGCCUUCAAUGGAUCAACAAACCCCGGAUCGUCAAGAAUCUUACCAAUCUCAGUAUCUGCAUCCCAUGUUUCCUCCCUGGCCUAUCCAUUCUCCACCGGCUGGUAUGCCAUCCUUUCAAGGAUAUCCUAUGCAAGGGAUGCCUUACUACCCGAAUUAUCCUGGAGGUAGUCCAUUUUUUCAGCAACCUUAUCCGUCAAUGGAGGAUCCGAGACACAAUGUUGGUAAAAGAAUACAGAAACAUCAUUCAAUGGAGAGUAGAGAAAGCCAUAGUGGAUCAGAUACUUGGGAGAUGGAAAGAGCAAAAUCUCAAGAUAACGAGGAGUUGGAUAAUGGAACUUCACUAAGUCCAAAACCGAGAAAGAAGAGUAGCAAGUCAGGUAAAAAGCAGUCGGGAGUGGUAGUCAUUCGGAACAUCAAUUAUAUCACUUCAAAAAGGGAGAACUCUUCAGGUAGUGAUUCACAGUCAUAUUCUGGCUCUGAAGAGGAUGUGGAAGAUGGAGAUACAGAGCAUAAGAACACUCGGAGAUCCUCAAAGGAGAAUGGAAGUCGAACAAAGUCUGUCGAAGAAACAGUAAACGGGAAGGAGACAGAUGGUGGACACUGGCAAGCAUUUCAAAAUUACUUACUUAGAGAUGCUGAAGACAAAGAACGUAGAACUGGUCAAGAAAUGUUUUCGACAGAAAAGGAAGUUCACGGAAAGAGAAGACCGAACAGAGUGCGUGGAAGUGAAGACCCUUUAAUUUUUGGGGGACUAGAAAUGGGUCAAUUCGAAGAAGGGAAUGCAACCGUCAUGCAUGAUACUAUUGCAUGUGGCUCUCGCAUGCCGAAAGCAUCGAAUGAUCAAUCUUUGACCAUUGGAAGAGGUGGUCACUCUGCUGAUGGUGGCAGGAUUUCCAUUGAUGCUGAAAUGGGUGGCAGGAGAGUUUAUCCAAGGACUAUAAAUGAUGAAUUCAUCCUAGAUAGACAAUAUAAUCCGCCAGAUUUUACAAAUUCUCCAUCAGAUCCACAGGCUUUUAAUCGGUUUGAACGUUCAUCCAACGGUUUGGAAAGAAGAUCAUCAAAUGAUAUAAACAAUGAUUCCUACAUUGUUCCAUUCAGGUCCACUUCAGUCACUCAGGCUGGAACUGAUGACCGUAGUGCUAUGAAUAUGGUUUCCGAUUUCUCGUUGUCACUUCAGAAAGCAGAAAAUAUACCUAAUAGGGUUGGAAGCCAGGUCAAUUGUGAACCCAAUGAUUUGAGUUUGAUGCCUGAGCGUGUAACAGAAAUGGGGUCAAUCGGAUAUGAUCCGGCUUUGGAUUAUGAAAUGCAGGCUCAUGUCAAAGAUGGUACUUCACUGGUUAAGAAAAAUAAAGAGGGAAUGCAAGGGUCUAAAAAGUCAGAAAAGGACCGAAAAUCGAAACUUAUUGCUGAUCCUUCUGAGAAAAAGAAGGCUGUAGGACCAAUAAGGAGAGGAAAACCUUCAAAACCGAGUCCUUUGGAUGAAGCUAAAGGCCGGGCUGAGAGGCUAAGAACCUAUAAAGCUGAUCUUCAGAAAAUAAAGAAGGAGAAGGAGAAGGCCGAAAUUAAACGACUUGAAGCAUUAAAGAUGGAGAGACAAAAGAGAAUUGCUGCUAGAGGCGGUUCUGUUCCGGCUCAGGCAUCGGUGGUUGCUCAAAGCCGGAAACAAUUGCCAUCAAAACUUUCUCCAAGCUCUUAUAAGGCAUCAAAGUUUACUGAUGGUGAGCCUGGACCGUCAUCGCCACUACAAAGGUCCAUCAAGCCUGCUUCUGUGGGAUCAGCUGAUUCUCACAAAGCUUCUAAACCCAGCAAACUGAACACUGGAACCCCAUCCCAUGGAAAUAGAUUAAGCCGGUCAGUUUCAUCAUUGCCUGAAACGAAGAAGGACAUUGGUGGUGUAACUCCUGAUAUAAAGGUAUCCAUGGCAAGGAUUAGGAGAUUAUCAGAACCGAAAACAAGUAGCAGCCCACUUGUUUCUUCAGUGAAAUCACGGAACUCCGAGCCAUCAAAGAAAAAAAAAGUAUCUGGUGGGCCUGAAAGCAAAAAAAUAUCAGCAAUUGUGAACCAUGAUAAAAGUAAGAUUGCGUCUCUUCCCGAGCUUAAAAUUAAAACAACUAAAGCCCCUGAUGUUACCAGUAGCAAAUCUAAAGGAAAUGCAAUGACUCAGAAGGUGACUGGAAGUAUUUCUUCGACCACCGAUGUUAAUGAACCAAGUAGGAACAAGGAAAAAGUUCCACUUAAUGGCGAUGAGGAUGACAGUACAGUGGUUGAGAAAACUGUUGUGAUGCUUGAAUCCAUUCCGGCAGUAAACUCAUCAGAAGGAACUACUGUAGUUCAGAAGGAAAAUGAUGGUAUCGCUAAAAUUAGGAGGGAAACUGAGAUGACGUCAGAUUAUGCUGCCAUUCAUGCACCAGUUUCUUCGUUGAAUCUUGAAGCACUUGAUAAAGAACACCAGAUACAACAAAAACCACAAGCUUAUGAGGUUCAAAAGGGAAACAUAAGUAGCACUGAGAAGGAAUCGUCAAAAUUUACAUGCACAAGUGUUGCUGAAAACCAGUAUCAAGCCCCUUUAGCUCGGGCCUCUUCUUUGGAAGAUACAUGUACUGAAAUUUCAGAGUAUGACAGAGCACCUCCAGCUAGCAUGCAGGCUGCAACAAUAGACUCAGAGAAUGUUAGAGCUCUUGUAGCUGACACUAAUGGCUUGAAGCUAGAAAAGAUUCCUGAAGUGCUGGAUAAGCCUCAGGUGAAGGAGUCAUCGAAAGGGUUUCGACGGCUGUUGAAGUUUGGAAAAAAGAGCCAUAGCUCAACUAGAAGCGAACAUAGUGUUGACUCAAACAGUGAGGCUGAGGAGUUGGUUGUGAACGCUGUCUCUUCUAGUGAAGUUCAUACGUUGAAGAAUCUGAUCUCUCAGGAUGAGACCCUGACAACUGGUAAUACUCCACAAAAAUCUUCUCGCUCAUUUUCGUUGUUGUCAUCAUUCCGAAGCAAGACCAAUGAAAAGAAGUAUUCGGCUUGACAAUGAAGUUGAAGCCAUGAACUUUGUUAUUUUCCCUUUUUGCAACCUGAAAAGAUUAGUUACCAUUACGAAUAUGUUUGUAAAAAUGUUCUUUCCGCAGCCAGUCAUUGGUUGAUGUUUUUGAACUGAAAUCUGUUUCUAGCAGACUUUUCCACCCGACUUAUAUUUACUCUCUUUUGUAUCCAUGAAUUCUGCCAUUGUUUACUGAAAAUAAGAAAAUUCCAUCAA